UACAUGUUAGCUAAAUAAUCGCUACAACAAACGCAUCGUAAGAUAUCUCUAAGCAUUUUCGAGCGUAAGCGAGCGGUGUUUUGAAGGUGACGUCAUCUCCACUUUGAGAGGCAAUCGAGACUCGCAGGAUCAUCCUAUACAUCUGGAAGAGAAUUUAAAACUCCCUGAGCCUGCAGGUGCUGGCUUCGCUGUUUUAAACGUUGAUACUGACACGUCAAGUUAGCAUGGCACAUCUUACGCGGGAGGAGGUCCUGGAUUCAGGAUUGGUGGCUCCUGAGUAUAAGAAGGCUUUUGAAGCACGACCAAUAGACAUCAGCGGCUCAGAUUUCUUCGAGCAUCGCGCGGCACGAGCUGCGCAUCUUGAGAAACUGCGACACCUAUAUCCCAUCCCCGGUCCCAUCCCGGGAAUUGUCAAGGAAACGUUGUUUGAUGUUGGCACAAGAGAUAGCGCAUCCAUCCGUGUUCGUGUGUACCAACCUGUAAAUGGCCCUCCACAAGGUGGAAGUCCGUUGGUUAUGAUGUAUCACGAGGGCGGCUGGAGUAUGGGUGAUCUGACAGACGAGGAUUUGAACUGCAGGAUGUUUGUGGCCGAGCUCAAAGCCGUGUGUGUUAACGUUGAAUAUCGUCUUGCUCCUGAGCACAAGUUUCCCACUGGCGUCAACGACUGUUGGGACGCUCUGAAAUGGGCUCUCACCAAUGCCGAUAUGCUCAAGGCGACACCAUCUCGUGGUCUCAUAGUGGGCGGCGCAUCCGCAGGUGGCAACAUCGCCGCUGUCCUAGCUUUGCUGGCACGCGAUGAAGAGCUCGAUCCGCCGAUCACUGGGCAGUAUCUUUGUGUCCCAGUCCUGCUACCUGACACCAAUGUACCGCAGCAUCUGGUGCAUCUCUACGAAUCUCGCCUCAAGAGUGUCCAAGAUCCCGUUCUCAAAGGACUACAGCCUGGAAUGAUCGAGGCCAUUUACGGACCAGAUGCGCAUUCGCCUUUGUGGGACCCUUUCAAUCAUCGGGACGGUCAUAAACGCGUCGCGAAAGCCUUUUUCCAAGUCGGUGGCCUGGAUCCGUUGCGUGAUGAGGCGAUUCUGUAUGAUCGAGUCUUGAGGGAAGCUGGGGUGUUGACGCGGGUUGAGCUGUACAAAGGGUAUGGACAUAUGUUUUGGACAAACUAUCCAGAGCUGGAAGCCAGCAAGUCAUUUGUGAACGAUACGUUAGUUGGUAUGAGAUGGUUGCUU